CAGGAGACCGCAGUCCAUAGUCUGACUCAGAAACGACUCGGCGGAAGAUAUUGGACAAGCAAAAUAAUUAUUGCCACUGUCGCUCGAAAGCUAUUUCACAAUUUUGACACCAACAGAAAUUAUAAGCGGCAGGAAUUUGUAAAGUGAAAGUUCCUGCAUUAAAGUGAUCAUCACAUUCACAUCACAAAUCGAGCAGUAAUGAAGUAACAGAGAGUGUUGGUUUGGUAUUUGUUACGGGAGAACAAAAGUCGUUGUUUGUUUGGCUCUACGUAGUCAUCGGCUUUGUGUAACUAUUACAAUUGAGCUUUUCGUAGUGGGUGUGCCCAUGGGCAUGGAGUGAAAACAUCCUUCCGAAGGGGAACAUAAUUCCAGUGGAGAAAGUAAGAUUUCUUCAGCCAGAAUUUAUCCGUAGUUAUCGCAGUCAAAAGUACGGCAAGAUGCGAACUCUCCGGAGUGGAAAGCCACUUCCCGACCCUCCACCGGUUAUGAGGGGCAGCCGAGGUGAGGUCACUCCCUCCGCCGCGAAGGCGUCGUCGGUUGCCAAAGCGCCAGCAGUAGUAGCAGCUGCAGUAGAGGAAGAAAAAGUCGCCAUUCCCACAACAGCUUCUCCACCUGUCGUUGAAGAUUCUACCACGGAAGAAGAAAGUCCAGGUAGUUUUGAUAACCUCUUCAUUGAAAAGGUACCUCAACCUGAAACGCCAACAACAACACUUAAUAGUGAGGUCAGUACAUCAGAUAUUAAAGACGCUCCAGUUACUGAAGCUGUGGUUAUGUCCGAACCACCUCCAGUCAUUGUAAAACGAGGUCGUGGAAGACCUCCAAAAUACCCAAAAGUUUCGACGACCCCAUCCUCAUCUUCUACACCCCUAAUCCCAGCAAAAGCAAAAGUUGGCCCGACUAGAAAAUCCGAACCUGCUAGUUUAACACUGGCCAGAAAACGACUGCAGCUGGAGAAAGAAGAGCUUAAAGCAGUCAAGACAAGUGAUAAUAAAGAACAAGGAGAUCUCCCAAAAAGUGAAAAUGACCCUGCUGUUGCCACCCCUCCUUUAAAAUCAGAUGAUGAAAGUCAUCCUUCAAAAAAGAUCAAGAUUGACGAUGAGAUCGCCGGCCCUUCAGGCACUGCCACCACGCUUCAAGAAAAAGAAAUCGCCGCAACACCAAAGGUUCCUUCCAUCACAAUUACGACUGCUACUCCUACCCCAGAGCUUCGUCGAUCCCUUCGAUGUCCCAAAAAGAAGCCGGCCGUGAUCGUUCAAGCUACUAUGGCAGUGGAACGAGAUGCUCAACCUUUCCUCGAAGCCUGUACGAUUUGUGGGGAAGAAUUUAACAAGAAGAUGUUACUUCAGCGACACAUGAAAACCCACAAGGCUCCUGACCCGCCAAAGAAAAUUGCAGCGGCGACAACUCCUAAAGUUGCACCCCGACCCAAGCAACCUGAAGUCAUUGAUAAUCUUGACCAUGUCAACUAUGAAAAUGACGAUGAUGACGAUGAAGAAGAGGGGUUCGAGGACUAUGAAGAAGGCGAGCGCAGUUUUGACAUGAAACCUCCCAUCAUUGACUUUACGAGGAAGCGCCCCUCCCAGUCGUCAAUUUUGAUGAAGGAUCCCGUCACUUGUAACGUGUGCGGAAUGACCUUCACUCGCAGGGCGCAUCUCAAUCGACAUAUGUUGUUGCAUACUGGGAUCAAGCCCUUCACUUGCGACAUAUGUAACCUCAAGUUCACACGGAAAGACCACAUGUUUGCUCAUAAAGUGAAGCACGAGAAAGAACACAAGAUACAAUGUGCCCAGUGUGGGGGAGGAUUCGCGACUUGGCAAAUUCUGCAGGAUCACAUCAAAAAUGUUCAUUCUUCAUUCAAACCUGCAACCCCGGGUCGUCCCAAGACCGUUGUCCACAACACGAAUCCAGAUAAUGCGUGUGAUGUCUGUGGCAAGACAUUUUUGCAGCGUCGCUACCUUAGAGCUCACCGGAAACUUCAUAUACGAAAGGAGGCCAGAAUUUUGGCUCAAUUGAGAAUGGUGGAGCAGCAGCAUUUCAACGACGACGAGGAUUCUAAUCAAGACAUGGACAACGACGACGGCGAGUUUGACGACACUGGCGAUAUGGAGAUAGAUGAAAGCAUUUUGAAUCCAGAGGUUCAAAUUGAUGAUAGAUCAUCCUCUCCAGCAAAAAUCCAACCAGGAACCCACUCUCCUUCUUCCUUGGGUCGACAAGAACAAGACGGGUCUCCAGCAUCAGCAGCAUCCUCAAAACAAUCAAGCACUGCAACAAGGAAAUCUUUAAGCUCGAUGAAUCGUGUCAUCCAGUUGGCCGAAGAAAGCAGUGGUGGUUCCGGAUCUGAGGCUGGAUCUCACGACUCAUCCGUCGUAUCUGUGGAGAAUGCCAACUUGGACAAAGAUGAGCUAGACGACUUUAUCGAUUACGACUACAAGGCCAUGAUGCAGCUCAAAUCUGGCAAUUUUGAAGACUUUGGAGAUGAUGAUGAUGAGGAUGAUGAAGACUUUCCAAACACGUCGAUGGAGUGUUCCGUGUGUGGAACGACCUUUACAGAGAGGGCCGAACUCAGAAAGCAUUACAGAAUUCAUAAAAAGAAGUUUAUUUGCCGUUUCUGUGGACUUAAACUGGCCAGUGCAGGGUCACUGAUGAGACACAAUCUUAUUCAUACAGGGAAGAAAGAGUUCUCUUGCAAACUAUGUUCUCGCCGUUUUAGCAGGAAGGACACUUUAAUGGUACACUUGCAAGCCCAUGAAAAAUCGUCAACCCGAAUUAAUAUGCCGAAACCAUACUUGUGUAAAGUAUGUCACGCAGGAUACACAAUGAAAUACAACUUAAUUCGCCACAUAAAAAUGUGUCACGGUAGCAUGACGGCGACAAACAGGGCUGCAAUUUUAAAACAGAUUAAGCAAAAGUACAAAAACGGAAUUCCUAGCAGCUCAAACAAGGUUGAUCGCAAUAGCUUUGAGGGAUUGUCCGAUGAUGAGCGUCAGUUUUUUGAGAACGGCGACGUUAAGAUUAAAAAUGAACCUAUGGAUGGUGAAGAAGGUUACUUCGAGGAGGAUCUAAAUCCCUUCGAUGAAGAAAUAGAGCAAGAUUUCCAGGAGGAUGAAAGCCAUUCUCAGAGACACGAUGACAGUUCUAAUCAACAAAAUGGUGAAGCUGGUGGCGAGAACGGUGGGGGCAGAGGAGGUGGAUUAUGCAACCACUGCGGGAAAGUGUUUAAAAAUGCGAAGUCUUUGAACACCCAUAAAUGGUAUCAUUCCCGAGAUAAACAGUUUAUUUGUCAUAUUUGCAACCGGGGAUUCAAGUAUUCAACUGACCUGGGUCGUCACAUUAACACACAUGGGAAUGAUUCCGAGAAAUGCAGUACUGCCCCUGCAGCUACUGCUGUCUCCAAGCCUAUUCCAAAUACGAAUUCAGGACAAAGUUCGUCAACAUCUUCUCAAAUAAAAAUUGUAACCAAUACAGUCCCAGGCCCACGAUUUAUCCGUCACCAGUUAGGACGCCCAAUCAAUUCGAUAGACACAAGACCGUUUGGUUGCAAGAUAUGUCCACAACGUUUUAACCAUCGUUCUAACUUGUCUCGACAUGUUCGCCUCAUUCACAAAGCAAACAAUCCAAGGACACGAGGCCCCACAAUUAAUCUGCAAAAUUAUUUGCCAAAGGUUCAACCAAUUAAGCUCUCCAAUGGUCAGAUUGUUCAAGUAAGAAAAGCGGAAACACAUCCAGGUUCUAUUCGGGGGCCUAUGGCGCAGCCACAAGUACAAAUGCAGCAAAAACAACCACCGCAAUAUACAAACAUCGCCUCUGGUGGAGGUAGUAGUAGUAGUUACAUGUCAUCUUCAUGGAAUGGGAACGUUGGAAUGCCGAAACAACUGGGUGGCAGUCCAGACAGUAGGAGAAGUUCAGCCGGAUCCACAGUUCUCACACCAGAUUCAUUCACCUACGACCCCACUUCGGAUCGGCCGUAUAUUUGCAAUACGUGUGGGAAGAGUUUUGAGAGCAAGAACAAUCUGUGGACUCACUGCCGUAUUCAUAACAAAAUUUUUGGAUGCGAAUUUUGCGGAUUAAAAAUGGCAACUCGAGGCGAUUUAAUUCUGCACUUGCGAACGCACACUGGUGAAAAACCGUUUGAAUGCCAUCUUUGUGACUGGAAAUUUUCCAGAAAAUCUGGACUCAAUAAGCACAUGGAGAAAUAUCACGGUCCUGAAGGGAAACAGUUACGAACCUACAAAAUGGACCAAUCUCAAGGAAGUUCUAUGGAAAACAUGCAAAUGAACAACUCUGGGAUGGAAAUAUCCACCAUCACUGCCAUGGCACAUCGUUCCAUUCAAUCAGGUGUUGGUAUGCUGAAAUCAGUAAUGCACAAGAGUGGUACUGGACUCACAAUAACGAAAAUAGGAGGUGCCGACACCAACGUUGCUCACCGAUACUCGUGCCGACUUUGUAAUACCAUCUUGAUUGGAAAAGUGCAGUAUAUUCGUCACAUGAACGCACAUUCAAAAACUAAGGAAAAUGCAGACAAGUUGCUGGAGAGUCGAGUUGAGGUGUCGACAGAAAAUCCAUCAUCAUUCACUUGCAAGGAAUGUGGUCAAGUUUACGAAUCACAAGAACUUUUGACAAAACACAUCCUCACUCACUCUGAAUCAGACGCUCCAAGGUGUAUCUUGUGCGGCAAAUCAUGCACAUCACUCGGUUUUCUAAAGAGACAUUACCAAUACGUCCAUCCAGGUCAUCCCAAUCCUGUUGAUAAGAUUCUGUUGAGCAAUACAUCCCCUUCCUCCCUCACUCAACAAAGUGACGAAAAUGUGACAACGACAAUCAAUGGCGACAAUAACACAAAACCAACCGUGGUCAGAAAAGUCAUCCGAGGUGAAAAUGGAGAGGAAGAAAGUGACGAAGAAUUUCCAAAUGAGUCUGACGAUCCUCCAAAUUUGAUAAAACCUCAAGAAAAAGGGAAGGAGUCACCUGUAAAACCAUCAUCAUUGCAAGUUAUCGACGUCGAUAAUCUCGACGUGGACGAAAUCGUUUACGCUGCCAACAACCACCACAUCUACAAGAAAACAAUUUCCCCAUCAUCGAACAGUACUAUAGUAAAACAUGCCACCAAUACCCACCUUCUGAAAACUUUCGUUUGUCCCGUUGCCGAAUGCCAGCGAGACUUUCAGGUGAAGGCCGACUUGUUAAAACACAUGCGUCGCCACGUUCAAGAACAACGACAUCAAUGUCGAAUCUGCACUGCUAGAUUUCCUCACAAACAAGAUGCUCACCGUCACAUGAAGAGUGUUCACAACUUUACAUGCAAGAGUAGAAAUUUCCCGUGUGAUUUCUGCGACCUCCACUACGCCACAGAACCUGAUCUAAGCAAUCAUCUACAAUCAGUGCACAAAGUCACCAUGGAAGAGGUGUUUGAUGAAACGGUAGAUGAUUAUGAUUCUCAUGAAGUAGAGGAGAUGAAAACUAGUGGAAAUAAUGAGGUUGAUUAUGAAUUGAUGUUAAAGCAUCGUGAAAAUGAGGAGGAGGAUGCUUUAGCUGCUGCUGCUGAGGCUUAUGCUGAAGUAGACGAGGACGAAAUACCGGAUCCUACCUCAUUCCUUGAACAGUCGAUGGGAGUAUCCGCCACCACGACCCCCGUUACGAAGAAUGAACAAAAUGACGACUAUUUCUGCGAAUUAUGUAAUAAAGUCUUUGAAACUCGUCAAAAGUGGCUUUAUCAUCGGUAUUAUCAUAUCCGCGAAGAAAAGUACUUCUGUUCCCAUUGCGAUGAAAAAUUUAAAUUGAGGUCCCACCUUGAACGACACAUUCGCACAUAUCACAAUGAAGAGAAGCCAGUCUACAACAUUCUCACGUGUGAUCAGUGUCCUCGAAAGUUCACUCGAGAGUACGAUCUGACAACACACAUUCAAAAGGUUCAUCUUCAAAUUCCUCCUGCAGCAAUUCAAAAGCAAAGACUAUCCGCCGCUUCAGCAGGAAGCAGCCCCAUGGUUCGGGUGAAUAGGAAUUCAAAUCCAAACUCAAUUUUGAGGUCACAAAUCCCAGCUCAAUCGUCGUCGUCGUUGUCAAGUCCGAAGCCGUCCACUUCACAAGCAUCACUUUCUUCUAUGUUGCGUGGAUUUCCAAAAGGAGUGACGAUUGUGAGAAAGUCGUGGCCUGCAAUGACCACUCCACAAAACAAAGGUAUCGUUAUGACCAAAGUGACUUCAGCUUCUGCAAAACCGGUCCCUCCAAUGCAGAGCACCAUGCGCCUAGGUCCGAAUGGGUGGUAUUCGUGUAAUUUGUGCAACAAAAAAUUCAAGGAAAAGAAGAGCAUCGAUGCUCAUCGGUACUAUCACAAUCGGGAGGAAAAACACUUGUGCACUCAUUGUGGUGCAAGGUUCAAGCAGAAGAGCGACCUCCACAGACACGUUCGAAUUCAUCACAAUUCAAUGAACCCCAAGAAUACUAUACAUUGUCCUCACUGUUAUAGAAGCUUCACUGAUAUUCGCUACAUGAGGAUGCAUAUUAGACGCUAUCAUGGAGAUGAAGCACAAGGUUCUUCCGGACGCAUGCAAGGGCCCACUGCUAAUGCUACAAAGUCUUUUCAAAGACAUGGUAUAAAUCAAAGAGGAAAUGUGAGGAUGGAAUUGGAAGAUGACAACGAUCAAGAAAUGAUUUACGGGGACGAGGAUGAGCAGGAAGAAGGGUUAGAUUGGAAUGAAGACGAACAACAGUUUUUAGAUGAAGAUGACGAAGACCAGAGACAAAUGAGGACAAUGGAACAGUUGGAAUAUCUCCAGUAUCAAAAUGAAGCUCAGUCUUCUGAGGAAUCAUCGUCGGAAGGAGGAGGUGGCUUGCAAUUGACAAUUUCUUGCGAAUCAUGUGGGGUUGAGGUUGAAGCUGCUGAUAUUGCGGAACAUGUUUGUUCUUCAGAGGACGAUCUACAAGAGGAACAAAUGUUUCAAGACGAAGAAAAAGAUCUCGAAGAAGACACGGUUGAGAUUAAGAAGUUGGUAGAACAAGAGCCCAACACUCAAACUCUCGAUGAAUCUCCUACUAUUACACUGAAGAACAAAGAGGAUGAAGGAAAUGAAAUACAAGACGAAGAAAUUGCUCAUGAAAAUGUCAAACCUGCAGACAUUACGCCAUUUGAAGAAAUUGCUCAUAAAAAUAUCAAACCUGCAGACACAACGCCUUUUGAAGAAAUUGAACAAGCAUCAAAAGUAACGAUUGGUCUAAAAUUUGAUGAACUUGUCGCAGACCCGCAACCUGAAGAUGUGACAACGACUGAUCAACAAUCUGAAGACGUUGUUGAACCAAACCCAAAAGAUAAUGGUGAUGAAAUCGGUGAGGAAAAUCAGGAGCUGCAGAAUAUUCUUCUAGCAGGUUCAGGAACUCAAGACGAAAAAGAGCAACCGACAAUAGAUUCGACGACCAAUGACCCACAAUCUGCACCCAGUGCAGACGCAAGUCAGUCUGAAGAAUCCUCUGGAACGGAUGUCCCAACACUUCCAGAACUAUAAAAUAUAUGUAAAACUACGUAUCUGGUCAAUGCCUGACUUUUCUCGUCGGUCUGAUAAAUUACAAUGAGUCUGAUGAUUAGUACCAUUAUUUAUGUUAUUUUUUUCUAGUAUUUUAUGUUUUAUCAAGAUUUUAACUUCUAUGUUAGUUUAAUUGUUAAAGGUUUCUUGAAUCACUAUAUAAAUUCUUGUUUUCUGCUUAAAUAUUUAAAACUAAUUUUAUCUAAUUAUAUUUUCAAAAAUAUUUAGACUAAAUAAAAUUGAAAUAUAUUUAGAACUGUUUAUACCAACUUAUUCUAGCUAUUCUUACAACAUUUUGAGGGAGGAAUUCUUAUGUAAACUUGUCUCAAUUAGGUUAGAAAUUGAUACUAAUGAUGAUAAAUGUAAACAACACAAAUAUUGAAUAAAUAAAGUGUUUCAGUACAAAAAUAUAAACGA